UGGCUCUGUCUGCGCGCCGAGCUCUGCCCCCAGGACCCCCCGCUGGGCGCGGGCUGGGAGAGACCCCCCCGUGGCCCGCUGCGCUCGCACAGCCCCCGCUCGGGCAGGAACGCGGCCUGGGGCGCAGAGCAGGGACCCCCCGCUCCACCGCGGGGUCGGCCCGGGAGGCGCCGCGCUCAGAGCCAGAGGUGGGUGAUGCCAAGCACAGCCAUGAAGAAAAAGGUGCUGUUGAUGGGUAAAAGUGGGUCUGGAAAGACCAGCAUGAGAUCCAUUAUCUUUGCAAACUACAUCGCCAGAGACACACGGCGCCUUGGUGCCACAAUUGAUGUGGAGCACUCCCAUGUUCGAUUUUUGGGAAACCUGGUGCUGAACCUGUGGGACUGUGGAGGACAAGACACCUUCAUGGAGAACUACUUCACCAGCCAGCGGGACAACAUCUUCCGCAAUGUGGAAGUCCUGAUCUACGUCUUCGACGUGGAGAGUCGCGAGUUGGAGAAGGACAUGCACUACUACCAGUCUUGUCUGGAGGCUAUCCUGCAGAACUCUCCUGAUGCCAAGAUCUUCUGCCUAGUGCACAAGAUGGAUCUAGUGCAGGAGGACCAGCGUGAUCUGAUUUUUAAAGAGAGGGAGGAAGACCUGAGGCGACUGUCCCGUCCCCUGGAGUGUGCGUGCUUUAGAACAUCCAUCUGGGAUGAAACACUUUAUAAGGCUUGGUCCAGUAUAGUCUAUCAGCUGAUUCCUAAUGUCCAGCAACUAGAAAUGAACCUGAGGAACUUUGCUCAGAUUAUAGAAGCAGAUGAAGUUCUUCUGUUUGAGAGAGCCACUUUCCUGGUUAUUUCCCAUUAUCAGUGCAAAGAACAGCGUGAUAUCCACAGAUUUGAGAAAAUCAGCAAUAUUAUCAAACAGUUCAAGCUGAGCUGCAGUAAGCUGGCUGCUUCUUUCCAGAGCAUGGAAGUCAGGAACUCUAACUUUGCUGCUUUCAUUGACAUCUUCACAUCAAAUACAUAUGUGAUGGUGGUCAUGUCUGAUCCUUCCAUACCUUCUGCAGCUACAUUGAUCAACAUCCGCAACGCUAGGAAACACUUUGAGAAGCUGGAGAGAGUGGAUGGACCAAAGCACAGUCUGCUCAUGCGUUGAACACUGGCCAAACCACAUGGUCUUUGGGGGAGAAAAGUUGGAACUGCAGUUUUUUUAGGAGAAUCUAACAAUGUGGGUGUCUUUGUGGGCUUUAAAAUGAGUGUGCUGCUUACCACCGCAAUCUUCUUUAUUUUUUUUCUCCUUUUAACAUUGGACACUAGUCACUGGGAUGAUGUCUGGAUACACAGUGGACCUUUAAGAGAGACUUCCUGGCACACUAGGGGUUGGGGAAGAUGCAAGGGCAGGUGAUUUGCACUUGGUCUGAUAAGCCUAGUUGCCAUAGUCACGCACACUGAAGCCUUUGUGGAUGUUUUCCUGUAUUCCAGAUGAUCAAUAUAAAUCACACGGAUGGAAUAUUACUAUUUUAUCAGCAAGUUGCUAGGAUACAUUUAUAAAUUUCUCCUUGUCUUCAGUCAUGAAAAUAAAUUUUUGCUACCAGGGA